AUGGGUUUUAAGUUAAACCAACAAAACAAAGUUGAAAAUCUAAAGGAAUCAAAAGAAACUGAAAAAUUCAGCAAAAUAGACAGUAAAUCCCAUCAACUAAGUGAUGCAAAUGAUAAAAGCAAUGAUCCUUCCUCAAAUGAAGAAAAAAGCCCUUCAUCAUCCAAAACCUCUUACUCUUCUUCCCCUCCUUGCCUUCACCCUGACACUAAAACCUCUACUCCAUCGGGCAGUCCUCCCACCACCCCUCCCAUGACCAGCUCAGUCGUUAAAGAAGAAAUUAAGCAGGAAGAUACUGGACUAGAAGAGAGUAAGGGUCUAUGCAAGAGAGGACAAAUGGAACAGGAAGUAUGGGAAGGCUACCGACUGUGGCUUGAGAGUGCUGGUGGUGAAGGUACUUUCCAACCUACUGAACUCAGCAUUUCUUCCUCUCCCUCUAUACAGCAUGAAAAUCUUCCUCAGAAUCCUGAGGAAGUGUCUCCCAAAGCGCUUAGUGCAAAAGAAGAAGGAAAGAAGCUUGAAGAAGAUAUGUCUGAAGGGAUUACUGAAGUAAGGAAGAAGGUUGAAGAAGAACUGAAGACUUCUUUGAGUGGUGAGAAGAAGGAAGAUGAGUGAAGUGAAAAAGUAGAGGAGAGACUAAGGGUUGGACAAGAAGAUGUAUCCGGAGAGAAGGAGGAAGAGAAAGAUUGUCUUUUUGACGAUGGGAACAAAUUUAAUGAAAAACAGCAAGAAAGUUCUGAGAAGAAGACUUCAAUUAAGAAAGAUGAAGUUAAUUCUGCAAAAUCAAAAGAAAACCAAUCCUUUGGAUCUUCUAUAAAAUUGACAGAAAUUUCUCGAAAUGAAAAUAAAGAUACUGAAGAUGACAUUCAAGAUAAAGAUAUUGGAGUCAAAGAAUCGGAAAACUUUGACAUGAAAAACCAAGAUAAGGAAGACCAUGAUAUUUCAAGCACUGUAGAAUCCUCUAAAGUUGAACAUGAUGACAAAGAAGAUGCUGAUCCUAUAAAAAUAUCUCUUAAAAUAAUAAUCUUAGCAAUGAUAGAGUAUCUAAGAGUGAAAAAUCAAGAACAAUCACGAAAGAACAUUACUAAGAUAGCAAAUUGUAUUGGAGAGAUUGCCCAUGACAAUACUGAAGGACAAUUAGAAGUUUCAAAUGAAAACGGUCUUCUAGAUGAAGCUAAUAUUCAUUCUCUAGACCAAACCAAUUGAGAUAUCUUAAGCACUUCUUCAAAAUCGGAAUUAAACUUUCAUGAAGAAUCACAAAAACAAGACAGUGGAAAUUCUUGAUUCCAAAAAGAUCAGAAGACAUGUUGAGGAAGUGAAGACAAUACAUCCAAUUCUCAACAAGAUCAAACUUUGGUUGAGAAUACAUAUAGCCCCUUUAUUGAACAAAAGAAAGAAGAGGACUCAAAAGAAGAAACUAAAGAGGGUGAAUUCAAGUGCUCAGCCAAAUCAUCUGAGUUAACUCAAGUAGAUUCUAAUCAGGUUGUCCUUAAUGUAAAGCAAGAGGACAUAAAGGAUAAUGAAUGCACUAAUAAUCAAACAAUAGAAGAAAUACAAGACACAGCAUCUUUAGAAGAUAUCUCUCAAAACCUUAGCCAAGAAGAACAAAAUCAUGAUGAUGAAGAACAAAAUCAUGAUGAUGAAGAACAAAAUCAUGAUGAUGAAGAACAAACUCAUGAUGAUAAAGAACAAAAAGGAAGAGAACCAGUUUCUAUCACUUGCGACUCUGAUGAUAAAAGAGAAAGCAAAAUGGAAACAAUUGACAAAGAGAACAAAGAUCUUAUAAAAACCGAGCCCGAUACAAAUUCCCAAAAUGAAGAUACUCCAACAUCAACCUCCCAAAACGCACUUCCUCCCCAAGAACCCCCUAAAAAUCCUCCCACCGACCCCAAAACCCUCCUCAAUUACCCCUCUUAUUCCCACUCCACAAACCAAGCACUCACCAAAAUCAUCCAGGCACUAACCCUUCCUGGCACACACCCCGAAGAACACCCCAAAAUUCCUAAAGACAAGGAAGAGACCCCUUCAGUGCCCCAAGCCCAAGAGGUUUUGCCUGAGGAAGAGAAACAAGAAAACGUAGUGGAAGAAAAGGAGCCUGAGGCUGUAGAGAAAAAUAAAAAAGAUGAAUUAGAAAACUGUAUUGAGUUAAAAGAAAUGUCCUACCGAGAUAUCCAGAAAGAAUGUGACAAUGAAAACUCAGAGGAAAAUAAGCAACAUGAAGAUACUUUGAAGGAAAAAGAAAACGUUGAAUCUCAAGGAGGAGAAACAGAAAAUGAUAAAACAAAAAUAAAUGAAUUCUUUGAAGCCAAUCCUGGAAAAACUUUAAAAAAGAAUAAAAAUGUUUGGAAAGAAACAAAUAGAUCACAAAAUUCACAGAAAAAUGGUGAUGGUAAUGAUGAAUCAGAUUGAUCUGAAAACGCUUCACUCGAAGAACAAAACACGAAUUCGGAUGAAAUGGUUUCUACAAAGUCAAAAACAAACAAUGAACAUAAUUCAAAACCAAAAGAAAGAAGCGAUACAAACUUACCUGAAAAGGAAGUUACCGAUCCUUCAAACCCCAACUCUUCUACUAAUAUCAAUUCUAAAACCUAUACACCUCCCAAAGAAGAACACAAAGAAACCUCUGAAGGUCCCCUCCUCUCAAAAGAAUCCUCUCAAGAAGAACUUCCCGAAGAGAUCUCUGAAAGUGCUCAAAAGGAAAAUGAAGAAAACCAGAUUUUGGGUAAUGAAGAGCGCAUAGGUGAGAGUAAUGAGGGAGGAUGAGAUGACAGAGGACAAGGAGAGAUGAUUUAGGGGGGUUAUGGAUGUUUAUGGAGGUUAUGGAAGUGGAACUGAGAAUAAGGAGGUUGAGGAAGAGGGACAGGAGAAGGAUGUUGUUUGUGAUGAGGGAAGUGGAGGUUUGGAAGGUGCUGAGGAGAUCAAGAAGGAUGAUAAUGGGCGUCAUGAAGCUUCUAUUGAGCAAGAGGAAAGUAGUAGAGAGCAGGAAAAUGAUGGGGAAGUGGAAAAGAAAGAUGAAAAGAAAUCAGCAGAUAAUGAUGAAAAGAAACCAACAGAUAAUGAUGAAAAGGGAUUAUCUCCUAAAACCUCUUCUGAUCCCACAACUCCACUUAAUCCCUCCGAUCUCCCCCAAGAAAAAGACCUUGAAGCUCAAAACCCCACUGUCAAAGAUCCUUCUAUUUCAGAAAAAGAUCAAAAAGGAUUAGGAGCAGAUAUAACUAAAGGAAAUGAGGUAAAAAACCAAGAGGAAAAGAAAGAGUCAAUUAUCAUAGAAAACAACUCAGAAUCUCUUAAAAAUGAUUCAAUCACCCCAAAAAGCAAGGAACAUAUUUCCUCUACUCCAAAUUCCUCCCUUCCCACCCUUCUCCAAAAACCCCUCGCUCUCAAAGACAAAGGCAACUGCAUCCUCCGACAAAACUACACCCAAUCCUCUGAAAACUACCGUAAGGCUUUCAAAAACUACUCUUCUGCACACGAAUAUCUCAAAACCCAAUUCUCCAAAUCCGAACUUGCUGCAAACCAUUCUUUGCAGAAAUCCCACUCUGAUCUCCUGCGUGUUGUUCAGAUGAACAAAGCCACGACCAAGAUCAAACUGAAGGAAUAUAAAGAAGCCAUACAGAUUUUGGAAGGGAUGGACAAAGCAUUGUAUGAAGGUGACAAGGUGAGCAAGAGGAAGUAUGAUUAUAAGAUGGCAUGUGCUUUCAAUGGGAUUGGAGAGUGGCAGAGAGCGGAGAAGAUUUUGUAUGAGGUUUUGAAAAAGGGGUCCAGAGAUCCCAUGAUUUUUAAGGAGUAUUAUAAGGCUAAGGAGAAUUUGGAGAGGAAGGAAAGGAAAGUUAGUGAAGAGGAAAAGAAAGGUGGAGAUGAGUUGUGAGAUGAUAACCAAACAUCAGAUUCUUUAAAUGAGGAAGAGGGAGACAAGAACAAUUCAGACAAAUGGUUCAAACACAUUAGGAAAGUUCAUAUUGUUUAUACAACAAUAGCUUCUUUCUUUGUAUUUUUACGUGUAAGAGCUAUCUUUUGUAAAAAUAAAUAAAAUAAUAUUCUCUGAAAUUUGCUGCAUCUCAAUAAUGUUA